AGGGUGGUCUGAGCAUUCAAGGGCGCCGGAGACACCAGGAAGAUCGGCUACUAGCGCUCUCCAACUUGCUCACCGAUGAUGGUGGAACUUCGAGCCCAGGCUCUGCGCAAACCUCCAUGGAUCACUGGAUGCUAAAAUCAACGCUGGAGUUGUCAAGGCGGCUCUGGAGAAGACCGGAGCUGGAGACGUCGUUACUCAAGGAAGCCUACGACAAGCGGUGGUGGGACGCGGGAUCCACCGCGUGCGUUGCGGUGGUGACGGACGAGUUCAUGGUCGUGGCCAACGUCGGCGACUCGAGGGCGAUCGCGUGCGUCCGCGACGGGGUCGACAAGCUGGUUGCCAAGGCGCUAACGAGCGACCACCAUCCGGAGUUGCCCAUGGGGUACGCUUUGGCGUGAUCGAGGGCUGGUUUCCAAAGUCCCGCUCCAUCGGGGACCUCCUGCUCAAGAGGUUCUACGGCGUGAUUGGCACCACGGAUGUCACGGUGUGGAGUAACGCCAUGGAUGUGGCUUCGCAUGGGCUCUACGAUGGGAUGAGCGAGCAAGAGGUUUGCGACAUAGCCGCGACGGUCGAUCCAGAAACACCAGAGUUUGGCCAAGCUGCCAGAAAGGUGAGCUAAUCUCCAUUGUUGUUAUCCCAGUCUAAUUACUCAUAUGUCCUAAUAAAUUUCAUAAUUAAUAGAAGUCGAGGUUACUUUUU